AUGCAAUUCUCCGCCCUCGCCGUCCUGCUGGCCAUCGGAUCUGCCGUCGCAGCCCCGACCACUGCUGCCAAACGCAGCAGCGCGCUGCAAGUUACCGACUUCUGGAUCAACGCCUCCAGGGCCAGCGGCGUCACGAACGCGCAUCUUAUUCUGACCGAUCCCAACUACCCCGACGACACCCCUGUGGAGUGCAAUGUGAAGUGGUCAGUGGCCCUCCUUGGUAGAUACUUACUCAUACUUAUGCAUGGGACUGACGAGAGGAUGGUGAUCUCCAGGGCCUUCAACGGGAACCCCGUCGAGAACCCCCGCUGUCUCGGUGGUCAGUACUAUAUCCGCUUUCCCAACGGAGGCAAGGACGUCAGCCAGAUCACGUUGGAGCUAGAGCGCGUCGAGGGGCCCAUCCCCGAGAAGGCUCGGGUGACGUUGAACGACGAGACGGAGGGGUCCAAGUGGAAGUGCGGACCGACUGACAACCCCGGCGUGACGGAGCGAUGCAACUAUGACGGCGUGCUGGAGAUUCCUGUCUAA